AUGGAGGAACCGAAGGAACCGGGCAGCGGGACCGAGGAGGACGCGAGCCUCGUGUCCGUGUCCGGGCUGAUCCUCCUGCCUCCGCUUCCUCCUCUUCCUCCUCCAAACCCGCAGCAGCAGAAUCGAACCACCAACUUCUUCAUCGACGACAUCCUCCGGCCGGAUUUCGGUUUCCGCCACCGGAGCCGCGAGAGCGCGUGCCUGGACUCCAACUGCAGCGGCAGCGGCAGCGACGGCACGACGUCGUCGUCUUCUUCUUCUCCUUCUUCUUCUUCUUCGUCUUCGUCUUCAUCUUCGUCGUCGCCGAAGCAGAGUUUAUCCAAACCGGGGGAGGUGAUCGGCGGGACCGGAGGAGGAACCGGAGGAGGAGGAGGACCGGGAUCGGCGGCGGGAAAGGAGAGCCAGCCGCUGCUGUGGCCCGCCUGGGUUUACUGCACGCGCUACUCGGACCGGCCGUCAUCUGUCUGCACGCCAGGCCCGCGGACGCGCAAGCUGAAGAAGAAGAAGAGCGGAGGCGGCGGCGGCGGCGGCGGGAACGGGAAGGAGGACAAGCGGCCGCGCACCGCGUUCACGGCCGAGCAGCUGCAGAGACUCAAGGCCGAGUUCCAGGCCAACCGGUACAUCACGGAGCAGCGGCGGCAGGCGCUGGCGCGCGAGCUCGGCCUCAACGAGUCCCAGAUCAAGAUCUGGUUCCAGAACAAGCGCGCGAAGAUCAAAAAGGCCAGCGGCUACAAGAACGGGCUCGCGCUGCAGCUGAUGGCGCAGGGACUGUACAACCACUCCACCACCACCGUGCAGGAGGACAAGGAGGACAGCGACUGA